AUGGAUGCAUUCUCAUGUUUGCUGGACUCUAACAAUGAUAUGGAAGGUUUUAAACCUAUUGUUUGCAACGAUUUGCAUAUUUCACACUUAUUAUAUACUGAUGAUGUCCUUGUCUUUUUUGGUGAAGCCUCCCUCAACAAUUGCACCUCUUUGAAUGAGAUUAUGGAUACUUUUGCUAAGUCUUCUGGGCUUCAGGUUAAUCAUGGAAAAAGCUCCCUUAUUUUGCACCGGAAUUCCCUUAUUGCUAAUGAUAUAUGUGCAUCUCUUGGAAUUCCUACUUUCUCUUAUAAAGUCACCAAUCUGGGUUUACCUAUAUUCAUUAAGAGGGCUCAUUUAUCGGACUUCUCCCCUCUUCUGGAUGUUAUAUCUAACAAACUUUCCGGUUGGAAAGCCAAAUCUCUUUAUUUUGCAGGUAGGUUCCAAUUCUUCAAGUUCACUAUUUGGAAUACGAUUGCUUAUUGGAUUCGUGGUGCUAUCAUACCUAAGACUUGCUAUAAACAGCUUAAUAAGCUAUGCUCCAGAUUUCUUUUCUCUGGAGAUAUUAAUGUGAAGAAAAUGCACCUCAUUUCCUGGGUUAAAACUUGUAAGCCUAGAACUAAAUGGGGUUUGGGCUUACCGACUUUUGAUGCACUCAGAUUUGCUUUUGAUUGCUCCCUUAUUUGCAGAAUUUACAACUAUCCCUCUUUGCUUUCUCAUUGGCUGUUCAAUACCUAUUGUUCUCCUUGGAAGCUUGUUACUAGGGAUGUUUCUCCUAUGUGGAAGAGCAUUACUGGAACUAUCUUUAAAGCCAAAAAUAAUUUUUGCUUCACUACUAUGGCUAACUGUAACAUCUCCCUCUAUUGGGAUCCCUAG